GUCAAUGUACCAAGAUUACACUAUAUUGAUACCCCUCUUGUCCAGAGCGAUAGAACUGGACCCAGGAUUUGGUUACUGGUACUAUCUCAGUGGAAAAGUAAUAAGGCGACUAAGAAGAGAGUAUGAAGAAAACAUGGUCAUAGAAGAGUUGGAUCACUUUGCAAAGGCUGUAGAGUUACAAAGGAACCCAAAGUUUUUAGUUUUCCUAGCUCAAGCAUAUCAAGAACUUGCAAAUCUUCUGUUUCAUACCAAAGAUACAAGCGUAAAAAACACUGUUGAUGAGUUCCUUCAAAAGUCUGUUGAGCUGUUUAGGGAAUGUUGGCAGCUAAAGAGUGAUUCUGCUUCAAUAUCAAAAAGAGUUGGAAAUGGAAUGAUGAAGAUGAAACGUGGAUUUAUUGAUAAGAAAGUAGCAAUAGAAGCCUUACUGAAAGCCAAUGAACUUUCACUUAAAAAACCAAACUUUGCUUUAGGAAAGUUUUACUGUAUACAUGAACAGAAUGUUGAAAAGGCUUUGGAAUUCUUCAAAAAAGAUGCUCCCAGUAACUAUGCAAGUCCUGAAAUAAUUCGAUUGAGUCUCAUAAUGUCAAAUCCCAACUACAAUCUUGAUCUUGAGGAAGUGCUGAUUGAAUGGGUGAAUGCUGAUCAAGGAACAUUAAAACAACAAUCUGCCCUUUGUGACUGCGGAUGGUACUACUUGAUCUACAGAAAAGACCUGGAAUCAGCUGUUGAUUGUUUUUGGAGAGUCUUGCAGGCAGAUUUCAAAGCGUUUAAAGUUUUGGAAUUCCAAAGCUAUGGAUUCAUGGUUCAAGGUCCCAUAAACAUGGUUGAGGUUUUGGUAAAUGAAAUUUUAUUAGCAAGAGAAAAAAAAGAGAUCCAGCCAACUAAACAGAAGAAAUUAGAGAAAUUCCUGGAUAGGAUGUUAGAGAAAUAUCCUGAUCUCAAAGAUAUCACUCCUAAACCAAAACUACUUGACCAGUUAAACUCAGAGGUGGAACGCUCAAUUGAUUUACAUAGAAGAAGGUUUUUUUGGACUAAUCGUAGCUAUGGGGUCAAUCGUAGAAGGAACGAACUGAAAAUAAGAUCAGAUGAGCCAUGCAACUGGAGAGCAAAAACUAAUCCAGAAGACAGCAAUGUUCAGGAACUUGAGGAACAAGUACGCAACUGGCAGGAUGAAGAACAGAUCAAUUUGACUGAUACAAAAGAUAACAGACGUGAUUGGAAGAACACAUUCGAUAAUGGAGACAACGAUAGAAAAAGCAGAGAAUCCAAUCGUAACCGGAGCUCUGGAAGAGAUGGUUACAACUGGAGAACUAGAGAUUCUAGAGAAGAGAUGGGCCAACAGAGUAGAGUAAAUACUACAACUACAUCAUAUUAUAAGAAUAGAGGGAAAAGUAAUAGUAGAUAUGAUGUAACAGUAACAGACUGGCGUAGGGAGGGCAAAAACUGAAAUACUAAAUACCUUAGUUAAACUAAUGGACAAGAAUUGACUGACUUGUACAUAGACUAAUUUGCUUUAAUAUGUUAAUAGUGUUGAAUUAUCUAUGCAAACCAAGUUUACAUUCAAAUCUAUAUCUAUAUUAUUGAUUUGGAAGGGGUUAUUUUAUUUUGUAAACAGGACUCUUAGAGUUUUUAGUCUAUUUUGACGUUUCUGGUGUCAUUUUAAAGAGCUCACUCAGCAAUUUUGCUAACCAUAAAAUGAGCUCAUUGUAUGGUAAGGGCUUUGCCCCAGUGGCCCUCAAAUCUUCCAUGUUAACCUUAUGUAAUAAUAGUAUUGCAAUCAUCGGUUCAUUUGUUUGUUUUUAAUUUUAACAUUUUAAGUAUUAUUACUUUCAUGGCAUUUUACAUUAUAAUCUUUUUUCGUCAUACUGCAACAAAAACAGCUGUAAAAUGUUUAAUGCAAGCACUGCGGGUCUGAGGUAGCAUUUUUACUCUCUAGGGAGUAAAAAGCAAUUUUAGCCCCUAGGGAGUAAAAGUCAGCUGAUGUCGACUUUGUUGUACAUUUUGAUUGUAGCUUAUUGUUGCUUUAUUGUAUAAAUAGUUCAACAUAUCGAUAGUAUAAUGUACUCUAACAUAACCGUAAUAGACAAAACGAUAGAAUCACUUAGGCUACUAAACAGCUGAUUGUUUCCAUUAGUAAAUUAAAUGGAAAACAAGCUAUAGUUCGGCCGCUUAGAAAACGACCUCCUCUAGCAUUGGUUUAGCAUUAGCGCGCAGGUCGUUUUCUAAGCGGCCGAACUAUGGAAGUAGUUUUCAUAGGUUAUAUUUAAAUAAAAACUAUUUCAGUUUUGUAACUUAGUUUGAUGAAAUAAUGGUGC